ACUAUUUGCAUAAUCUUUUUUUUUUUUAAUAUAUAAAAUUUAUUUUUUUCUCGGAGAGGGUUUCUUUCUUUUUCCCUUGUCUUCCUCUCCCCACCUGCAAGAGUAAUGAUUUUCUCGUUACGGGUAUCGUUGUUGAGGAAUCUGAGGAGCUGUGGUUGUGAAAAAGUGUAAGUUUUUGUAUUUGAAGAACACCCAGAAGAGAAGAGGAAGAACAAGUUCACCAGAAUACAAAAAAAACAUAACAAGUGCACGAGCGGUGCGAGGGGAAAAAAGGGCGAACUUGCUUUCUUUCUCUUUUGAUUGAUUUGAUAAUCUCAUUCAUAAUCAUCCAAACGCCUCCUUUCUUUCUUUCUUUCUUUCCACCGUUUUCUCCUUCUAUAUUUGGAUUUCUGUUUCUGGGUUCCUUAUUUUUGAUCUCUUUUUAGUGGGUUUUUAAUUUUUUUGGGGGUCUGUUUUGUUUUUUCCUUUGUGUUUGUGUUCAUGUCUCAACAAAGGCAAUUUCAGAUGGGGGGUGGGAAUAAUCCUCGGCAAUACAAUGACACCACUUUGACAAAAAUUUUUGUUGGAGGGUUGGCUUGGGAGACUCAGAGGGAUACCAUGAGGCGUUAUUUUGAGCAAUUUGGAGAGAUUAUUGAGGCUGUGGUUAUCACAGACAAGAACACUGGAAGAUCCAAGGGUUAUGGCUUUGUUACAUUCAAGGAUCCAGAGGCUGCAAUGAGAGCAUGCCAAAACCAAUCUCCAGUCAUUGAUGGAAGGAGGGCAAAUUGCAAUCUUGCAUCCCUUGGUGCAAAUAAGACUCGCCCACCAACCCCUCAACAUGCAGGGGGAGGUCGGUUUAGACCAGCACAUGGAUUGAGUACAGCACCGCCCUAUCAUGGUUCUUCAUCAUCUUAUAUGCAUCAACCAACGAGUCAAUACUCAAUUCCUUAUUCAGCUUUUGGGUAUGCUGGAUAUUCACAAGAUGCCAUUUAUCCUUUGAACUACUAUGGUCUCUAUGGAGGUCAGCAGUUGUCACCUUACUACGCUUCUGGAGCAUCAGGGACACCAGGGAUUUUUCAUAAUUUUUAUCCAUUAUAUGCUCAACAUGCACAGAGUAGCCAAGGUCAUGGUUUUGGAGUUCAAUAUCCCCAAAUGUUGCAGUACCCUUAUUUGCCUCAGCAGUAUGGUUCAACUGGAAUUCUAUCCCUCCCUUCUUCAAUUCCCAUGGUUACAACAAGCGCGGGUGCAUCUACAACUAUGACAGCAACAACAACAAUACCAGUAACAUCAUCAUCAAUAGCAGCAGCAGCGGCAACAGCAGCAGCAACAGCAGCAAUACCAGUAACAUCAACAGCAGCAGCAGCAAUACCAGUAACAUCAACAGCAGCAGCAGCAGCAACAACAACAACAACAAUACCAGUAACAUCAACGGCAGCAGCAGCAACAGCAACAACAACAAUACCAGUAACAUUAUCAUUAUCAACAGCAGCAGCAACAACAGCAACCACAAUGACAACUGAGGUGGCAGAAACCGGCAAAGGUGCUUCACAAACUUCUUCCAGAACAUCUUCUGAAAAGAACUCAUCCUCCUAAUAGUGUGGAGGAAUACAGUCUUCUUCAAGACAAUUAAGAUUCAUUCAAAGGAUAGUAAAGUUCCAGAGCUUACAAAAUAAUUUAUUGAUUCACAGGGAGGAUGUCUGAUCAUCACCAAGCUUAACAAGAGGUGCAAUUCAAGAGUUCACCAUAAGAAUCAAUAAGGAACCAUCAUUUUCAGAAUCCAGAUGCCAAGCGCAAUCCGCUGACUGUCUCUACCCAAUUCAUUCUCAUCCAUGCCUAUCAUUAUUGCAUUUACAAUCAUCUUAGUUACCAUUAUACAUGUUUGGUUUAGGAAAGUAGAGGGAGUCCAAGUAGCUAGUUUUUAGCAUUAGGCCAAGAAAUCAUAUUCAUUCAUGUAUUGGGUGGAAACCAAAUAUUGGCUUUGGGUUCCACCUUAUAUACUAAUCACCAAAUGAUUAUCGUCUCGGACGCAGAGAGCAUCCGAUGACACAGCAUGUUCAUAUUAAGUGGUUCAUAAGAUUGAUUUUGUAAAUCUUUGAACCAAAAUUUGAUUGAUUUGGUCAAGACAAAGGGUAGGCUCGGACAGCUUACCCACAAAGUUGUAAUUCUUUGUUUCAUUUCAAUCAUUAAUUACAUAUUGACACAUAUUAAGUUAGGAUUAGUUGGGAUUAUAAGAUAGAUACUAUCUCUUUUGCACUUAACCCUUUCGCUUUCACUCUGUGUUCUUUUAUGUUUUUUUAAUCCUUUUGUGUUUGCAUGAUGGUUGCCUUUGGGGUUCGUAGGCAAUUUGUUUGGAAUCCAAGGGGAUCUAACAAAAAGAGGUCAAUGGGUACAGGGAUUGGAUGCUUUGUCAGGGAAUUCUAUGGAAGCGUGAGAAAGUUUCUUCUGUGUGGAAUGAUGGAAAAACGAAUCCAAUAUCUUGUGAUAAUAAUAAAUAUACAGUCUCUGAAGAUCAAAACACGUACCUUUCUUUUCUUUUUUCUGCUUCUGGCUAAGGAGAAUCUACUAGCCAAGAAUUUAUUG